AUGAAAGCAGAAGUUUAUGAAGUUCAAACUUCUCCUGUGUCGAGCAGUUCCGAUAACAUAGUAGCUAAGAAUGAUUCAAACUUGGGAGAAGUCCAUAGAAAAUUAGAAGGCAGGCAUGUACAGUUGAUCUCAAUAGGAGGUGCAAUUGGGACUGGAUUAUUUGUCACUAUCGGUACUGGUCUUAUAAGAGGUGGUCCGUUGGGUAUCCUUUUGGCGUACACUUUCUGGACAUUUAUCGUAAUGUUGCUAACUUCUGCCGUUGGUGAAUUCGUUUGUUAUCUACCAGUUUCAUCUCCAUUUAUAUCAAUGGCUGGAAGGUGUGUUGAUGAGGCCUUAGAAUGUUGUGCUGGUUGGAAUUUCUUCAUUUUACAGGCGUUAUUUAUCCCGUUUGAAAUAACGGCUGUUAAUGGCAUGAUCCAUUUCUGGAGGGAUGAUUAUAAUCCAGCAAUAACACUCUGUAUCCAAAUUGUCAUAUAUGCCGCCAUUAACCUCUUUGCUAUUAAGCUCUAUGGGGAGAUUGAAUUUUGGUUAUCAAUGGGAAAAUUAAUAUUAUGUAUCGGUUUAUUGUUUUUCACGCUUAUCACGAUGUCUGGUGGAAAUCCCAAACAUGAUGCCUUUGGAUUCCGCAAUUGGAAUGUUUCUGGUGGUCCUAUAGCUGAAUAUAUAAGUACAGGUAAUGUGGGUAAACUCGAUGGAUUCUUAGGUGCAUUGUUGGGUCUGGCCUGUUUUACGAUAUUAGGUGUUGAGUAUAUAUCUAUGGUUGCUGCAGAAGCUAAAAAUCCAAGAAAAGUGAUGCCAUUAGCAUUCAAGACUGUAUUAUUCAGGUUAGCAUUAUUUUAUAUCGGGGGCGCUUUAUGUGUAUCAAUUCUAGUUUCUUAUGAUGAUCCACUCUUCGUCAAAAUGACUUCGGAAACUUCCAAUGCAGCAGCUUCUCCAUACGUGAUAGCGAUGCAAAACAUGGGAAUUAAAGCUUUACCUGACAUUGUCAACGUUCUUAUAAUUAGUUCUGCCUUUUCUGCGGGAAACUCUUAUACUUUCUGUGCAAGUAGAGUAUUGUAUGGUCUAGCAAAGGGCGGUUAUGCACCAAAAGUAUUUCGAAAGUGUACUAAACAUGGGGUACCUAUAUAUUGCGUUUUAGUCGCUAUUUGUUUUUCUUUAUUAAGCUUGAUGCAACUAGGUUCUGCUAGUUCAAAGGCUUUAAGUUACAUGGUAAAUCUAUGCACAGGUUGUCUGUUAUUAAAUUAUGGGUUUAUGACAAUCACUUAUAUUGGCUUUUAUAGGUCAUGCAAAGCUCAAAAUAUCGACAGAAACUCCCUACCAUAUACUUCUUGGGGACAACCUUACUCCAUUUAUUUGGCAGCUUUUUUUAUAUGGAUAGUUGUUAUUAUAUUGGGAUACAGCGUAUUUAUCCCUGGCAUGUGGUCAGUGGAUAAUUUUUUAUUUUCAUAUGUAUUAAUAUUUAUUAAUGCUGCCAUCUACCUUUUUUGGAAAUUUUGGAAAAAAACAAAAUUUAUAAAACCUAGUGAAGCAGAUUUGAUUACUGGAAUUAAGGAAAUUGAGGAGCACGAAUAUAAUUAUUAUUCACAAGAUGGACAUAAGGAAACAAGUAACAGGAUUCAAAGAUUAUUUGGUUGGGUAUUUUAG